AGGAUUCUUAUUACAGUGUCGGAUUCAUUCUAUUCUACUUCCGGAAUCGCGGGUGCGUGCGUCGUUACAGUUCCAGAUUUGGGGAAGUGGAGGGAAUCACAAAGGUCGGGGCUUGGAAACCUCAAGCGACACACACAUAUGUCCCAAAUUGUAACCAGUCAAGGAAAAGGAACGAGCAAACAUCCGCCGCACGGAAAGCCGUCGUCACCCUAUUCCCCCCCAACAAAGCAAGAUUUAUUCCUUCCUCUUUAGGGCAGGCAGGUGCGAUCCCAAACUACCCCCAAUAAGAUCCUUCCAACUUCCCAUUUCGAGUUCGUGCUUUCUGUGUGGAGUUGCUCUUUCCUGGGCCUUUCUUACACGCUGGAGGUAAAAAGCCCUUAUCUUUGCUUUGGAAUUGUAUCGACUUGUGUACUUAACUAGUUAACUUCUCUAUGGCAUUGAUAUAUGGACAAUCCGCUUUCAGCACGUUAUUUUGGAUUAAAGCAAAUCCAGCUUCGCCUCUGCUAUUGCCUCGUAGAUGUAGUCUGCAAUAUGAAAUUGGAAGUCUUGCUGAUCUGAUUUUCGAUGUAAAGUUUCAUCCUUUAUGGUAUGCCUCAUAAAUGGAUGACCAGGAAGCUGAUUUUCUUGCCACCAUCUUUGUUUCUUUCUUAUUUUUUCCUUGAGAUCGUUGCCUUGUGCCUUGAACGUCAAAUUCCCUGUUAGCCCAAGCCAAGCCAAUCCUAGGAUGUGAUUUUGGACUUGGUCAUGAACAGAACUAGAGUGGCUGUGUAACUUUGAUUUGAAUUCACUUUGUGGGUUGAUUCCAAUGGAAACCUUAAAGGUCUGUUAUGUACUGCCUUCCAAUAACAGUGUGAUUCAUUGCAAUUCGUUUGUUGUUUUUUCUUGAUGCAGAAAGUAUACUAGAGUUUGGCAGCUUGGUUACAUUAUCAGCUAAGAAGGGCAGAGUUUAUGUUUGAGAACUGAAAUAAUAGCUGUUGAUUCUUUAAACAGUAGAUAUGGAAACAGUUAACAUUGAGUUAGAAAUAAGUCAUGUUGUGGCAGAAAGGAAGGAAACACCAACGAAUCGGGAAAAUGUUGAUAGUACUAGUGCUACUGAAAAGGUCGAAGCAGGUAGCCUGCCUAUUUGUGAUAUAAAUAAAAGUAUCUUGGCUGUAAGUUUCUCUGAUGAUAAUGAGGACAGACUGGACAGUGGAACAGCAGACACUGCAACUACGAGCAGUGUCGAUGGUUCUGAAGAAACCAUCAUGUUUCCAUUUUAUUUAAGGUUUCCUUCACAAUGUUCUAGGAGGAAAAAGCUGCUUAUUCUUGAUUUGAAUGGGCUACUUGUCGAUGUAGUUACUUGUCCUCCAAAGGACCGUACUCCAGACAAAAGGGUUGGAUUUCGAUCAUUUUUUGUAAGGCCGUAUUAUCUGGAUUUUCUUAAUUUUUGCUUUCGGAAAUUUGAAGUAGCUGUAUGGUCAUCAAGAACAAGAAAGAACAUCAGUAUCUUGAUUGAUUACUUGUUUGGAGAUUUGAAGAACAGUUUGUUAUUUUGUUGGGAUCUAUCCCAUUGCACAACAACACAGUUCAAGACAGUAGAGAACAAGCACAAACCUCUGGUAUUCAAAGAACUAACAAAGGUUUGGAAUAAAGAGGACCCUCAACUUCCAUGGGAGAGAGGGUACUUCAAUGAAUCAAACACAUUGUUGGUGGAUGAUUCUCCCUAUAAAGCAUUACUUAAUCCUGCCAACUCUGGCAUCCAUCCUGAUCCCUACAGCUAUGAGGAUCUCAACGAUAACUCACUAGGUGUUGAUGGCGACUUAAGAGUAUAUCUUGAGCAGUUAUCCGAAGCUGUUAAUGUACAGAAGUUUGUUGAGACCAACCCAUUUGGUCAAAAGGCUGUUGCUGAAGGGAAUGCAGAAUGGAGCUUCUACCAUGAAGUUAUAAACACAUUGUAUCCUUCUCGAGUUGAAGGCAGGAAAUACGUCUCUUCGGUGCUAACUUGAUGGAAGGAAGUCCUGUAGGUGCAGUAGGAACGUUAUACGCACAACUGCCUGUCUUUUACUUUACAAGGUGCAUAGAAGAAGCAGCCAAGCAUUUUCCUCCAGUAAUUGAAUAUAGUUGAAUGACAACUACAAGACUAUUUCCGCAUCCCCCUGACCAAAUCCACCCACAUUAGGAUUGCUCGUUAAUGGUUGAUCAAGUUUGAUGGAUUCGCCCUCUGAAACAAGAAGUUCUGGUCCUGGAGGUAUAAUAUUAAUUACUUGACGUCCCUCUGGCGCAUCGGUUAUAGUUAGUUCGUACCCCCCUUUUUCUUUUCGUAUAAUUUUGCUUACUAUACCCGCCGCUGGAGCAUUAUAAACUGUAUUAUUACUC